UCAAAUACAAAUCUGUCAAAACUCGAAUGAUCUGAAAAUCCAUCUUAAUUUCGACGAGCACGUAAAUCCCAGUAAGAAAGGUACUGCCACAAAAUGCCUGAAAUGUCCGCUGCUGAAAAGCAGCUCUUGCUUCAAAAGCAUGAGCGUGCAUCCAAACUACGUGCUGAAUUUCAAAAGCAAAUCAGCAACCCCUAUCGCCAUGCAACCGGCGAAGGUGGCACUGUGUUCGAUGCAGGAAUGCAGCGUUUCCAAGCUAUGCGAGUAAACUACUACGAACACUUCCGACCAACUGGAAAGGCAUUGAGGACAGGUCUGCUAACAGUCGUUAUUCCAAUCUGUGCAUUCGCUCUUGGUUUUAAGUUGGACCGUGAAAGGAAAGAAGAGCAAUUUCGUACUGGCCAGGUUGCCUACAAAGAUCGUCAAUUUAAGUUCAUUUAAACGAUAAUUAAGUUUGUGGGUGUAUUUAUUUUUAAAGAAUAUCAAUACAAAUAAAGAUUGGUUAUGAAGAAUG